CCGGGGAUUUUCCUUUUGAAGCGGGUGCAUGUGUGUGCCAAGGAUUGCGUUGUCAUUGUAUCCGGAGAGAAACGCGUGGUCAGCGGCACCACCGACAGCUCCACUGCAGCGUAACUGGUACGUGGUGGUGUUUAAAGUCAGACUUUAAGCCAGGACAUGGAUACUGAAAAGAGCGUCGAGGUUUUAGAUGCGUCAGACGCUCCACAGCCAGAGGAGACUGUAAUGGAAAAAGAGGUUGUGUCAAAAAUGGAGACACCAGAGGAAUCCACAGAGCCUGAGAAGCCACCAGCUGCUGUUGAAGAGACUGAGCAGAUGGCAGUGAAUGGUCACGAUACAGACGUCAUAAACUUAAAAGAAACAGAAGAGUUGAUUGUGACAGAAACUGUUACUCUGGCUGAGGAAAAAACAGAAAUAAAGAUUGAGGACAUCUUGCCCGCAGGAAAAUCUGAAAUGGAGUCUGUGUCUGAUGCGGUGGCACCACCAGAACCAGAUGAGUCAUCUGAAAAGAUCUCUGACCCAGUUGCAGCUUUAGACACAGAACCAAAAAACAUCCAGCCUGUGCCAGAGAAUGCCCCAGAACCUUUGCCUGUGCAAACACCUCUGCCAGAGAGUGCCCCUGAACCGGAGCCAGAGAAAUUGGCAGAAUCGGUUCCAGAGGCUGAACCACAAGAGCAAACAUUACCUGAACCAGCCGCGCUGCAGCAACCAGUGGAUGCACAACCACCCAGCAAGGAAGAGAAGGCGCCGGAACAAGUGAAAACUGAGACUACAGAAUUGAAGACUACAAUGGAUACUGGAGCAGGAACGGUUGUCAAAGAGGGGGUGGCAGAAAGUAAUGUCGCAGCCGAGCCUACAAAGGAGGGGGAAGAAGAAAAACCAGCAGGAACUGUGUCGGUGGCAGAAGUUUCCCCAGAAAAGCCGACAGAGGCUGUGACUUUAAAAGAGGAGGCAUCAGCUGAAAUUGAAAAUGUGAAACCUGCAGAGGACAAGAAAGAAGCUGAACCAGAAAAAUCAGCUGAGUCUGAUUCUCCGAAGGGAGCUGAGGCAGCACCAGAAGCUGAAAAGAAUGAUGCAGAGCUUCAAAAGGAAGAGGAUACAGUCCCCGUGUCUGGCUCCCUGUCCUUUGCCUUCCUGGAAAGAGAACAGACCAAAGACGCCCUGCGGACCUCGCGUACCCUUCUGGUCCUCAGAGGCCUUCCAGGAAGCGGUAAAAGCUUCUUGGCACGUGCCAUAGCUGAUGCCUACAAAGACCACUGCUCUGUCAUCUGUGCUGAUGACCAUGGCGUGAAGCCAGAGAGUCCAGAAUCAUCUGUGGACGGGUACAAGGCUCUGGAUGAGGCUGUGUUGGCCGGCUGCAGUGCAGGAGCAGCCUCCCCUCUGCUGAUGGUGGUGGAUGACACCAACCACACCCAGGAUCGGCUGGCCCGCCUGGGGGAGAUUGCCGAACAGCACCAUCUCGUUGCGGUCUUUUUGGAGCCACGCACUGAAUGGAGCAGAGAUGUACCGCAGCUGACCAAGAAGACCAAGCGCGGACUAGAUGAGGCCCAACUGGAAGCCAUGAGAGGUCCACUUGAGGAAAUGUCCCUUCCUUAUUACUAUGGCUGGUUUCUUCUCUCCUCGGUCCAGGACAAGGUUAGGUGCACAUCAAUGGACUUCCUGAAAACGCUGGACACCUUGGAGGCCUUCAAGAAACACUUGAUUGACUUCACAGGGAAAGCUGAGAAGGAGGUGGAUUUGGAGCAGUACUUUCAAGCCAAAGGGACCCUCCAUUGCACUACAAAAUUCUGCGACUAUGGAAAAGUAGAGGGUGCCAAAGAGUAUGCACAGAAUCCAGCUGUCAAAGAUUUCUAUGGUUCUGUGUUCGAGCUGUCGCUGAGCGCUCUCUUUGUCACUCCUCGCACUGUUGGUGCCAGAGUGUCCCUCACAGAGGAGCAGCUUUUGCUGUGGCCAGCUGACGCCGAAAAGGAGGUACAGUCUGCUGCCUCCCUGCCUCUGGGGAGCCGCGCCCACGUUACUCUAGGAUGCGCAGAGGGUGUUGAGCCAGUUCAAACAGGUCUAGAUCUGCUCCAAAUCCUGGCCCUGCAGCAGGAAGGCCAGCAGGGGGAGCCCGUCGAGGAGAUGGAGCUCGGCUCGCUGACCUACUACGGCGAAGGAAGGUGGCUGCUCAGUCUCAGAGAGCCCAUCUGCACCCCAGCCUGCUUCUCCAGCUUCUACGGGUGCAAGGAGCUCGAGCAGGCCAAAAAAGAACCUGAGAAGAAAAAGAAGCAAAAGUGCACCAUACUGUAAAUGGCAAUGGGAAUGUGUGGCUGGGAUGACUGGUGAAUUAAAACUUAGGCUUACUCUGUGCAAGGUUUGUGUGUUUGUGCAGUGUUUAGGGUUUCAGUUAUAGCCACCCUAAAUCCACAAGCUGUGUGCCUUUUUUUUUUUUUUACUGUUGAUUUGCACCACAACCCAAGAUGCCUUCAGUCCAGUUAGGCUUGUUAACAUUGAGUAUCUUGUUUCACAUAUCGGUGCCAGAGUCACAGUACCUGGCUAUUUGCUGAGGUGUUAUUAGCUGCAGUUUUAGACUAAGGUAGUAAUAGCCUACUCCCACAGCUCCACAAUUAUCUGAAACUUAGAUUUCCUCUUCUAUUCAUGUCAGUGUCUCUCAGUAUUCAGAUAUACAAAAACUAGGUACUUUCAUUGCAUGCAUCCGAGGUUAGCGGUAUCGACAUAUUAACACAUUUCUGACCUGCUAAAAGUACCUCUGCCGCUUCAACAGAAGUUGUCUUGUGUUUCCUUUGACUUGUACGUUAAAAAAAGAUUAGCUGUCAUUUCUGUGGAAAGUGUGUGAGUGUGCGCAUCAUAGGAAGUAAUUGUUACAAUAGCAUAUGGGCCAAAGUUAUCUAUUUGAUUAAGUGUAUUAGAAUGAAUGUCAUUUAUAGAGGUCCUUCCUGGUAAAAUCUUUGCACUGUGCAUAGUUUGAAAGGGAGAAUGCUGGUAAAUUUGGUAUUUGUUUCAGCAGCUUGCACUUAGUAAUUAUCAAAUGCUGUGAAUCCAAGUCCAUGUUUUGCAAUCUUUUCUACUGCGCAAGACUGCACCAUUGAUCCUUUUAUCCUCUUUGAACAGCACUUCAUGUAUUGCAUUUCGAUUUGUAACCUCUGUGACUGUAAUUUUUUGAAGGGCAAGUCCUACUUUGUGUAGCUCUUAUGAAUCACUAUUUUUGCACUUGUUUUGUACACUUAAUAAAAAAGAACAUGCUUUGCUCCAGUAA